AGCAAAGUCUUUUAAAUUUUUUUUGUUUUUUUUUUAAUUUUUUUCUUUUCAAUUUCAACAUUAUGAGUUUCUUGGACAGUUUUAUUAAAGAAGAAGUUUCUAAAAAACGUAAAAUAUUGGAGACAGUAGAAAAAGAAAAGGGAGUUGAUAAAAAGUUGAAAUACAUUAGUCGAGCUGAAUUAGAACGAAUUCGUGAAGAAGAAUAUAGACGGAAAGAACAGGAAAGAGAAGAAAAAGAAAGACAAAGAAAAGCUCGUUUAGAAGAAGAAGAGGCAAAACGCAAAGCAAUUGAAAAACAAAAGUUGGACAUUGAAGAAAAAUCAAAAGAUGACCAAACUGAAGAAGAGAUUGCAGCCUUCAAUAUUUCAAGAGAAGAAGUGAUUCGUCGUUUAAGAGCGAUGGGACAGCCUAUUCGAUUAUUCGGAGAAUCAGAUAAACAAUGUAAAGUUCGUCUUCGUGCUUUAGAGAUCAUGAAUGAAGAAUCAGGAAAUCAAGGUCGAAAUGAAUUUAUGAAAACAUUAGAAGAAAUGGAAGCCAAUAUGCGUUUAGAAGAACUAAAACAGAAAGGUGGUGUAGUGAAUGAUGAUAAGAAAAAGACAAAAAAAACAACCUAUGUAGUAGAGCCUAUUCAAUUGGAAUUGAUCAGCAAAGAUAUAGACCGACUUUAUUAUCAAAUUUACACUUAUUUUGCUCAUACAUUAGAAGAAUGGGAAGAAUUCAUGCAGGCACGACCAGAAGAAGAAAAGAGAAGUGGACCUGGUAAAAGAGCAGCAGUUUUACAGAGACAAGCAACAGAAUACAUUAAACCAUUAAUGCGUCAAUUAAAGAAAAAGACACUAGAACCUGACGUCCUUGCUCGUGUAUCUGAAAUUGCUCAAAGAAUGCAAAAUAGACUUUAUAGGGAUGCUCAAGAUGCUUAUCUUCAAUUAUCAAUUGGUAAUGCACCUUGGCCUAUUGGUGUUACUAUGGUUGGUAUUCAUGAACGUUCUGCGCGUGAAAAGAUUUCAUCUUCCCAAGUAGCUCAUGUUCUUAAUGAUGAAACUUCAAGAAAAUGGAUUCAAUCUGUAAAACGUUUAAUGACCUUUGCACAAACCAAAUAUCCACCUUAUACUUUAAGCCAAAUGUCUUAAUCUCUGAGAUUAUUAUUUAUUAUCAUCGUUUUUUUUUUUUUUAAAUCUCAGCUUUGAACCCUGAUAUGAUGAAGAAUCUAUAAAAAGGCAACAAUUUAUUUAGUCUAUACAAAUAUUUUUUUUUUUUUUUUU